UAAAUUUCUUCCCCCAGCGGGUUUCCCACACCCGCUGCUCCCCGCAUAGAAAGCCCGUGUGCGUCUGCGCCGCGUAAACGCAGCCAGCAAUCCGCUGGCUCAUGUCCCCGCUUCUUUUUUUUUCACUCCAGCAGCUGAUUCACGAAAAAUUACACAAUUCCGUUGCGUGUGUUGGGCGGGAUCCUUCCACUGAGCUUGGCGGGGCGAGUGCGACGCUCGCUGAAAAAAUCACAGGCCCCUAUAGGCGUGGUUUUGGAUGGAGAUGCUCCGUCUGCUCCCGCUGGGAUACCCACCUGCCAGCUGGUGUUGUCUCGAGCUCGUGCAACCACAGGCGCGCGUUUGAUUAGAUUUAACAUUUGGAUCGAGGUGUGUAGGUUUGUUCUCUAAGGGGGGGUGAAGUGUGGAGUAGUUGCGGCGCUGUGGACGCACGGGGCGCACGGUUUAAUCACCUCCAGAGAGGCGGCGGUGGCGCACGGCGCUUGGAGAUAAACACGAGCGGACAACGCGUCGCUUUGGCCUCCAGGCACCAAGAGAAGCAGCAGAGACACAGGCAGCAGCGGCGGCAGCAGCAGCAGCAGCAGCGGCGGUGGUGGUGGUGGUGCUGGUGGAAGAAGGAACCAGAGCCGAGACCCCUGGUUCUGGCGCACGGCUGUCGUUCGUGCCCGCAGCGCCCCGCAAGGAUGGAAAACACACGCAGGAUGCGCAGGAGAUCGCCCCUGCUCGGUUUACUGGUGCUGGCGUGUGUUCUACUCGUGGCGGAGAGUAAGAAACCCAAACAGCCGCGCUGCCCCUCAUCGUGCACAUGCACCAAAGAUAACGCGCUGUGCGAGAGCGCAGGACUGAUCCCUCGCAGCUUCCCCCUGGAUGUCAUAUCUCUAUCAUUCGUCAAGUCUGAAUUCACCGAGAUCCCGAAGGAGAGCUUCAUACACACGCCUGCCCUGCACCUCCUCCUCUUUACAGCCAAUAACCUGGAAUCUAUAAACGAGGACGCCUUCCUCGGUCUUCCUCAUCUGGAGUAUCUGUUCAUCGAAAACAACCAGAUCAAGUCGAUAUCGCCACACGCUUUCCGGGGACUGAAAACCUUAGUGCACCUGAGUCUGGCCUACAACAAUCUGGACACUCUGCCUAAAGAUUUGUUCAAGGGUCUUGAGGCCUUGACUAAAGUAGACCUGCGGGGGAACCAGUUCACCUGUGACUGUAAGCUCAAGUGGCUGGUGGAGUGGAUUUACAGCACCAACGCCACAGUGGAUCAGAUUUACUGCAAAGGCCCGGCCUCACAGCUGGACAAGAAGAUCAACGAUCUGGUGGCGCAGUCGUUCGACUGCAUCACCACAGAGUUUGCCUCCUACCAGUCCCUGAAGUUUGAGUCCAUAUCGGUGGAGGCCUUUUCCUUUGGGAACGAUCAGUAUGUGGUGUUUGCUCAGCCCUUUAUCGGGAAAUGCAGCUUUCUGGAGUGGGACCACGUGGAGAUGGUCUUCAGGAACUACGAUGACAUUGACAGCACUUCCACAGUGAUCUGCAAGCCUCUGGUUAUCGACAACCAGCUCUUCGUCAUCGUGGCUCAGCUGUUCGGUGGCUCACACAUCUACAAACGCGACACCUCCGCCAACAAAUUCAUCAAGCUCCAAGGCAUCGACAUCCUCAGAAUCCGCAAACCGAACGACGUUGAGACUUUCCGCAUCGACGGAGAAUCUUUCUUCGUCAUAGCGGACAGCUCCAAGGCCGGUUCCACCACCAUCUACAAGUGGAACGGCAACGGCUUCUACUCCCACCAGUCGCUCCAUCCGUGGUACCGGGACACCGAUGUGGAGUUCAUGGAGAUCUCCUCCAAGCCUCACCUGAUCCUGUCCAGCAGCUCCCAGAGGCCUGUCAUCUACCAGUGGAACAAAAGCACCAAGCUGUUUGACCGGCGCACGGACAUCCCGGAGAUGGAGGACGUCUACGCCGUGAAGCACUUCCAGGUCAAGUCCGACCUCUUCAUCUGCCUGACGCGCUUCAUCGGCGACUCCAAGGUGAUGCGCUGGGACGGGGCCCUCUUCCGAGAGCUGCAGACCAUGCCCUCUCGCGGCUCCAUGGUGUUCCAGCCCUUCGCCGUGGGCAGCUGGCAGUACGCCAUUCUGGGCAGUGAUUACUCGUUCACGCAGGUGUACCGCUGGGACACCAAGAAGGGCACGUUUGUCCAUUUCCAGGAGCUGAACAUCCAGGCGCCAAGAGCCUUCUCUCCAGUCUCCAUAGACAACCGGCAGUUCCUGCUGGCCUCCAGUUUCAAAGGGAAAACUCAGAUCUACGAGCACCUGGUUAUUGAUCUGAGCAAUUGAGUGAUUGUUUUUUUUUUUCUGGCUGAUUGAUAGAUUAUAGGUAACUUUAGUGGGGGUUUUUUGUGUUUAAAGAAGACUGUUGCAGCAGAUGCAGCUCUGAACAUCACUGAAAGUAACUAUCAGUUGAUCCUAACUUGAGAAAGGCAGGCAUUACUCUUUUUCUCUUUAAAAAAUCUUCCAUUGAAAUCAGUGCAUGGUAAAUGUAGACGCACGUGUCUCAACCAAAUGUAUUUGGCUGAGAUGCACGUUGAGUUCAAUGCAUGGAUCUCAAGUUAGGAUUAAAACCCGAGACAUCAAUGCAUGACCAGGGCCUCACUCAGGCCGUCCCUCAGAUUACAAAUGCAACAUCCAUCCUCAUUCAUCAUUUCAAUUCUACCGUUGGCCAGUAGCUUAUUUUGUUCAUGUUGGAUCAUCCAUGUGACUCAACAAAGUUUAUACAUUUGUAAUCUCAUAUAUUUAUCUACAGAGAGUAAUAAUGAAAUGGUACUUUUUAACCGAUUAACAUGUUCAACCGAACAAAUCUGCCAAAACUAAAUGUUUACAUUUUUCUCUUUCCACUUGUUCGCUAAAAAUAUUUGUAAAAAAUAAAUGAAGCUUUUGUAAGUUUGAGAGGGACCACGCCAGUUAGAUACACAUUUGUUCAGGAGAAUGAUUUAAAAUCUAUCUUUAUAAUUUGGAGAAUUUCAACAGAGAUGUAGUGUGAGAGUGACAUUUAUAUCAUUAACGCUUUGUAUAAUGUAGUAUUGAAAAGUAUUGAAAAAUGCAGUUUUUUUCAGAAUAACGUUUCGGGCAAACUUGGAACUAUUCUCGCACACUUACAAGGGACUGAAAUGAAAAACUGAGGAUAUUGUUCAUAACGCUUUACCUUCGACUAACAUGUUGGCAAAAUGCAUUUUAUUGUGUCAUGAUUAGGAUUUAAGUUAUUGACUAAUAUCAUGUCAUUUAGAGUCAAUAAAGGUUUACAUCACUAACUAUUG